UCCCGCGUAAACGUCAGUCAGUGACUUUUAGCAGUUGCACGGAGAGCACGUGUCGCUGUGUUUAAAAAUAUUAUGAGCGCGUGGUGAAUUAUUAUUUGAAAAACUAUUAUUAUAUUAGACUAAAUCAUUUUUAAGUGUGAUACUAUUAUAGGUGUUGUGUGUGUGAACAAUGGAUUAAUUUGGUGUAAUCACACAAUGUUAUAGUGAUUUUAAUGUGUGUUUGUUGGUAAUAGAUUGUAAUUGAGCUAUGACCAUGGCUAAUUUUAGCGUGUGUUUAGUACUGGUACUAUAUCAACUCUCGGUUGCUUUUAGUAACGAGGCAUCUUCGGAAUUGUCGGAUCUUGGAUUGACAGAUCCGAAGGUGGAAAAAGAUGCUGAAGGUGUUAGAUGCUACUGCAAUACAGCCCAGUGUGUCAGUACAGGAUACAUGUGCCGGUCGAGAAAGGGUGGAGGGUGUUAUAGUGAACUUCCACCUCGGAGACAUCACUCAAGGCAUGGUUGUCUUCAUCAUUUAGCUGAAAGAGAAGAAGAUGCGCUAUCUCACUGCCAGAAUGCUCCCUCGUCGGGAGGUCCACCUCCACGGGAAUACUCCUUGCUUCUCUGCUGUUUUAAGGAUCUCUGCAAUCACGAAGACAGCCCGCUGGCCAGGGCUCGGCUUAACUUAACCGCCACUGAUUCAGGUAACACAGUUGCGAGUGAAAGAGGCGCCAGUUACAAUGGUGAAGUGUGGUUCAAAGCAGCGACCAUAGCGGUGCCUGUUUGUGGGGCUCUCAUACUAUUCCUUCUGGUGGCUGUAGCCGUCAGGUUACUGAGGGCUGACGCGCUUCUACACGCUGAUAGGAAACUUAGAGGUGGGUACAUAACACCACCGCAGCACAACACAGAAGACGUCAAGAAAGUGUGGGUGGGGAACUCAGCGCCACUCCUGGUCGCUCCAGGGGGAUGCUUAGUCGCCGUAGAGCGGGCACAACUAGUCGACGUGCCACAACUCUGUGAUAUUCAACGAUAGACUGUAAUGAAAUCUCUCUGCCCGUGGAAAUGACGUUGAUAAGUUUGACAAAGCUAAUUGAUCUUAAUGUCUAGAUUCUGACCCAAAUUUUUAGAUUGAUCCCUUGACAGAAAUAAUUGUCAUUGCAUAAAAUUGUCGGCACUCAUGCUUGGUCACGUGACCUAUUCUAUACAGAUUCGCCUGUGACUAUAAGUUAAUAUUGUCAAUGCUUUAUCCUGCAGCAAAACAAAAAAAAAACAGAAAAAUCUUGUAUACAAAUAUUGUCUUCGCGUUCAAAAACGAAUAAGUUUAGUACUUAGUACGCUUUAGCUCGACGGAUUUUCGACGGACGAAGGUUUGCAUACAAAAAUCGUGUACGUCGAAACUUCGAUAAUCACGCGACGAAGCUUGAGCCAAUCCCACACAAUACAAUACAUUCGUUAAUGGGUCGACGUUAGUAAGAAAACGUUCAAAUAUUACCUCCUCUGUAUUAACUUGGAUCUAAUAAAUUUGAUCUCAUUGUGACGUCAUUUCACACCGGCUUGUAUACCAAAUCUACCAAUGUAUAUUUUGUUAUUUUAAGCUAUUUGUUCCUUGUAAAUGUAAAGUAGUUUUAAGAAAUUUUGAUGGAUUUACAUUAUCGAAGUUUACUGUCCGUUGCGAGGUUACUAUAACAUUCUCUUAACCGUUUUAAUGGAAUUGUGAAUUCACUUAUUUGACUAUUUGUCAAGUCCAAACAAGUUACAAAAAUAUUACGCUCUUUGACUUUGAUGAAUCUUAUAUUAACCUCGAUUUGAAAAUCAUUAAAAGACCAAUAUUUUUGACACAGAACUUAUGAAUUAUUGCGUGUAUUUAAAACUUUUAACAAUUGAUGGCUAGAUAUUUAAUUAGUUGAUAGAAACACAAUUCAAAGUAAUAAAUCUUUUAAAAAUGUUCAGUUAUUGAAAGGAUUGCCGAUAAAAAGAAAAAAAAACUAUUCUAGAACUCCUAACUAAAAUCUAGUUCUAAGCUGUUAAACCAUUUUUUUUCCGAAUGAAGUUUAACAAUUCUUAACGCGGUUUCAUAAACUGUUUUAACAAUUCAGUGUCAAGGAAAUCAUUUCAUUUGUAAUCUUGAUAGCUUAAAAGCCAUUUAUUUUAAUUAGGUUAAUUAAAAAGGCACGUUUGAAAGUCAAAAUUACAAUAUAUUUAAAAAAUAACUACUUGUCCUUUCCAAAAGGUUUCCUAUGAAGAAGAAUGGGCAUACUUGCAUACAUUGAUUUGAUAAUUAUAUAUAAAUAUCAUGUAUCUAGCGUUAUCUUUCAAAAAACUGGACUAUAGAUAAUAUAUCUGACAUAACUAGUCUUAAUAUACGGUUUAUCACAAAUUACCGUCAGAAUAUGUAAAUAAAUAAUACUUUAAAUAGAAAUCAAAUUAUAUUCUUCAGUAAAAACCUGUUUAAGUGAGAUUACCACUAAAAGAAAUUUAAUAAUAAUAAUAGAAAGAUAAUUAAAACAAAUUUAAAAUUUUUGGUCCUUCCUUCGUACCUUUAACGCUGGCGGCAUUUCUUCGCUGUAUUGCGAUAAUUAUUCGAUGAGCGAGGAAAGCACCAGCUCUGGAGUCAUCGGUUCUAUCUACCAGGCUCCUUAAAUCUUUUAUUAGCCUGUGCAUUUGAACCCCACGAGCACAAGAGUCUCUACUCCAAGGGAAACAGAAUCAAAGUUGGAGGAAUGAUGUUAUUGCUGUCUUCUUCGUCUGCUCUGCGGCAGCUUUUGACGUUUUGAGUAAAAUCUAAUACAUAUGGUAUGAAAUAGGCUUUUAGUAAUACAUUAUGUAUUAAUCUCACUUAUACAUAACCAAGGCCGGUUUAGAUGGAGAGUUUUGUUUUAAUCUUAUCGAUUUGUUUUUAAAGUAACAUCUCUUAUGCGGCAUUAAUAGAUAUAUAUAUUUGAAUACGAACUUUUAAUCUUGACAAUAUCAUUAUAAUACUUUUUUUUAAACUUUCUCUAUGUAAAUAUCGCUUUAAUAUCAUUUUAGACUGCUUCGGUACUCUAACUUCCAAAUACGAUUUUGAGCGCAAUUUUGAAGCAAUUUACACAAUAAAUCGCAUUGCCUUGGGUUUGAUUUCGAUUCAAGUUGGAUUUUUUUUCGUUAUUGAGAGUUAUAGAGUGCCGAUGCUGUAUAUGUUAAAGAUAAGCACUUGUGUAAGUCGUUUGUAUAUUCGUUAACCAGUUGUAAUGAACACUAAGCUUCCCUGAGGUGCCUUAUAAUAUUGAUAGGCAAAAUACUCUAAAUAAAUCUUUUGUAAAUAUUAUGUAUAAAUAGUGAAAAUAAAUUGAAAUUAUUUUAUUAA